CCAGCGUUCUUAGAUACUGUACAACGUUGAUCUGUUAUCCGCAAGUAACUGCCAGACUACCCUACAGGUAGAGGACAAAUGAUUUCAGAAACAAUGUCUUUUUGUCAGUCGUCACAGAGAACAUACGCCUCUCCCGGGGAUUGGACUUACAAACCCGCGUCUUCAAUCUUGCGUUCUUCCUAGUAAGAAGAAACAAUGUUGAACACUGGCAAUUAUAGCGUUGUAAAUUUAGCUUAUAUAUUUAUGUAUUUCAUCUGUCUUUACUGAUUCCGAUACGAGUAUUAAUUACAAGGUAUAUGAAGCAAAAUCUAAAACAAAGUUGAUUUAAUAAACAUUAAUUUAAGCUUGAACCUGAAGUUGUCAACUAUGAUACGAUCGAAUACAAACUACUUGUAAAGAAUGUCUUUGAAGCUAUAGAUUCCGCCUUGAGAUUAGACAAAGAAAUGGAUUUCUACGGAAUUAAAGGCAGAUCAGAGGCAUGGUUAGCUUCAAGAGAAGAAAUUUCUUCUUUGCUGUUACAAGUUAACGAACUCCUUUCAGAACCAGAGCCAGACGAAGUGUCGGAAUUGAAAACGGAAAACGAAAAUCUAAAGAAAGAAGUACAAAAAACAAGAAAUGAUCUAGAUAGUAAAUGUGAAGUGUUUCAGAAAGAAAUAAAAAGACUUGAAAGAGAAAAUGAACGUUUAAGAAGGCAAUUAGAGGCAAUGGAGGAACUCCUUUCUGAACCAAAGCCAGACAUAGUGUCGGAAUUGAAAAUGGAAAAUGAAAAUCUGAAGAAAGAAGUACAAACGACAAAGACUGAGCUAGAUAGUAAGUUUGAAGUGUUCAAGACAGAAAUAAAAAGACUGGAAAAAGAAAAUGAAAAUUUAAGAAGACACAUAGAGACAUUGGAGGAAAGACUUGAGCAGUUAAACGAAGUCAAAGCUACCAGGAAUACAGCUGACAAUCUACAGUCACGCAUGAAGAAGCUAGAAUUAGACCGUGAAUGGUUUGACACAGAAAAUAGAAAUUUGAAAGAAACUGUUAAACGGUUGGAAAGAGAAAGAGAUGAUUACAAACAAAAGGUUCACAGACUUUCUGGACAAAGUGCAUCGAAUAUGGAAGUUACGAUUGGAGGUUCCAAAGUCCUACACGAGAAAGAACUUUUGCAAGGGCAAAAGGUAACAGUACUUCAAGGUGAUAUAGUCCAGAUUACAGCUGAUGCCAUUGUUCACCCAACAAACAGUACGUUCGAAACGAGGGGAGCUGUUGGAUCAGCAUUAGGAAAAGCUGGUGGUGACGACUUUCUCCGAGACAUUAAAGCUCUUCAUUUGAGUCACGGAACUUUAGAAGUAGCCAAAGCUGCUCUUAGUAAAGGGAAAAACUUUCCAGCGAAAUAUGUCAUUCAUGUCCAUAGUCCUGGCUGGCGACAUGAAAAUGCCAAACAAAUGCUCGAUGCGGCGACGAAAAAUGUUCUCACAUUAGCAGAGGAACACAACAUAAGAUCCAUUGCCAUACCAUCAAUUAGUAGUGGCCAUGCUGGCUUUCCCAAACUGACUGCAGCGGAAACAAUACUUCGUGCAAUCAACAACUACUUCUCAAAUUCAACAAGUUCUUUAAAACAGGUCUACUUUGUUCUCUUUGAUGCUGAAAGUGUGACGGCAUAUAUUACAGAAUUAAGGAGAUUGUCUGUAUGAAAUAGACACUUUAUUUGUGAUUGAAGUCGAAGUGCUCGGAUCAGGACGAAAUAACUGAGGUGAAACAAAGCAGCCAAGAGUUGAAGAAAAGGGAUGACCAUUGGAUCGUACAUUUUACAGUUCAUUUUUAACUAAAAAGGCUUUCUUCGGUCUACAGGGAGCCGCUGAAUCCUUAAUGACAUAAACUGGCUGACAACUCCAUAAUCAUACUAGGUCGAUUAUCAAUACAUACUAAUGGAAAGCAAUACAUCAUAUUUAAAUUAACAUUGUUUUAAAUUGCGUUUAACUUUUAUUUUUCAUUUUCUUUGUUGUACAGUGUGGACAUUAUAUUGAUAGGCUUAUGGUAUGUAUGAUUAAAUUCGACAAAACAUUAUCUAAACAUAACAUUCAAUGUUCAAAUAUUCCUGUAUCAUGAAACAUUGUCCUAUACAUAUUACAUUAUUUUGUAUGAGAAAUGAUUCAUACCUGGUAAAUAUGACGAAUACUCAUGGUUAAAA